CUUGACCGCCAGCAGAGGAGGCGGCGCGAGGUGCCGCCCAAAUUGGGCGUGGCGGGAAGGACUCGGGAAGGAGGGGAGCCCUGCCCCAGAUGGGCUCGGCCCGGGAAACUCAGCUGCAGGUCUGGGCGCUGCACCUAAGACCAGCCACGCUCAGACCAGAAGCGUGGCUGGUCUCCCCAGGUAAACAACGCCGCCCUCCACGACGUCGCCUCUGGCACGCUCCGCCAAGACUGGGGUGGCGCGACGAGUCCAGCCCCUCCCGGGUGUCUCCGGCCGGCAGUGCCCCGCGGAGGACCGCAAAAGAGGCCUCGGCGAUCCGCUGGGCGGCCGCAGUCGCGCGUGCCUCAGGCUCCGCCCAGCGCGGCGCCCGCUCCCCGUCCACCCCGCCCCCCGCAUCCUUGCCGACCGCGCGCGCACCGACGUCGCGCCCGCACCGCUUUGGGCGGAGAGGCAAGGCUCGGACGCCGGGCAGCGGAACUGACGCCAGCGGGCUUCCGGGGGUGGCCCCCGGGGAGGUCGGCGGCUGCGCCGCAGUCGUGGAGGAGCAGUGGGAGCGUAAGCGGCCGCGGGCGACGCAAGUUCCGCACGGGGCUGCCUUCUCCUCGCUUCACGCUUCCUCCUCUCGCCUAGUCGCGUGCUGCUUCCAGACGGCGGCUCUUGACGAGAGGUGUCAGAGCCCAGUUGCUGAGGUGAAGCGGUCGCCAUCCCGCCUCGCGGCCGAGUGAGGGUGCCUGUCGCGCUGCGCCUUCUCCUUGCCCCCAGUGGUGGGCGCCCUUCUCACUCGAAGCACUCUCCCCAGCUCCAUGAAUGGAAAUCGGCUCCGCAGGACCUGUUGGGGCCCAGCCCCUACUCAUGGUGCCCAGAAGACCUGGCUAUGGCACCAUGGGCAAACCCAUUAAAUUGCUGGCUAACUGUUUUCAAGUUGAAAUCCCAAAGAUUGAUGUCUACCUCUAUGAGGUGGAUAUUAAACCAGACAAGUGUCCUAGGAGAGUGAACAGGGAGGUGGUUGACUCAAUGGUUCAGCAUUUUAAAGUAACUAUAUUUGGAGACCGUAGACCAGUUUAUGAUGGAAAAAGAAGCCUUUACACAGCCAAUCCACUUCCUGUGGCGACUACUGGAGUAGAUUUAGAUGUUACUUUACCAGGGGAAGGUGGAAAAGAUCGACCUUUCAAGGUAUCAAUCAAAUUUGUCUCUCGGGUGAGUUGGCACCUACUCCAUGAAGUACUGACAGGACGGACCUUGCCUGAGCCCCUGGAAUUAGACAAGCCAAUCAGCACUAAUCCUGUCCAUGCUGUUGACGUGGUGCUACGACAUCUGCCCUCCAUGAAAUAUACGCCUGUGGGGCGUUCCUUUUUCUCAGCUCCAGAAGGAUAUGACCACCCUCUGGGAGGGGGCAGGGAAGUAUGGUUUGGAUUCCAUCAAUCUGUUCGACCUGCCAUGUGGAAAAUGAUGCUUAAUAUUGAUGUUUCUGCCACUGCCUUCUACAAAGCACAACCUGUAAUUCAGUUCAUGUGUGAAGUUCUUGACAUUCAUAAUAUUGAUGAGCAACCAAGACCUUUGACUGAUUCCCAUCGAGUAAAAUUCACCAAAGAGAUAAAAGGUCUGAAGGUUGAAGUGACUCACUGUGGAACAAUGAGACGGAAAUACCGUGUUUGUAAUGUAACAAGAAGGCCUGCCAGUCAUCAAACCUUUCCUUUACAGCUAGAAAAUGGCCAGACUGUGGAGAGAACAGUAGCACAGUAUUUCAGAGAAAAGUAUACUCUUCAGCUGAAGUACCCGCACCUUCCCUGUCUGCAAGUGGGGCAGGAGCAGAAACAUACCUACCUGCCACUAGAAGUGUGUAAUAUUGUGGCAGGGCAACGAUGUAUCAAGAAACUAACAGACAAUCAGACUUCCACCAUGAUCAAAGCAACAGCAAGAUCUGCGCCAGACAGACAAGAGGAAAUUAGCAGAUUGGUAAGAAGUGCAAAUUAUGAAACAGAUCCAUUUGUUCAGGAAUUUCAAUUUAAAGUUCGGGAUGAAAUGGCCCAUGUAACCGGACGUGUACUUCCAGCACCUAUGCUCCAGUAUGGAGGACGGAAUCGGACGGUAGCAACACCAAGCCACGGAGUAUGGGACAUGCGAGGGAAACAAUUCCACACGGGAGUUGAAAUAAAAAUGUGGGCGAUAGCUUGUUUUGCCACACAGAGGCAGUGCAGAGAAGAAAUACUGAAGGGUUUCACAGACCAGCUGCGGAAGAUUUCCAAGGAUGCAGGGAUGCCCAUCCAAGGCCAGCCUUGCUUCUGCAAAUAUGCACAGGGGGCAGACAGUGUGGAGCCCAUGUUCCGGCAUCUCAAGAACACCUACUCAGGGCUGCAGCUCAUAAUCGUCAUCCUGCCAGGGAAGACACCAGUGUAUGCGGAGGUGAAACGUGUAGGAGAUACACUUUUGGGUAUGGCUACACAGUGUGUUCAAGUCAAGAAUGUAAUAAAAACAUCCCCUCAAACUCUCUCAAACCUGUGCCUAAAGAUAAAUGUUAAACUCGGAGGGAUCAAUAAUAUUCUUGUACCUCAUCAAAGACCUUCUGUGUUCCAGCAACCAGUGAUCUUUUUGGGAGCAGAUGUCACUCACCCACCAGCUGGUGAUGGGAAGAAACCUUCUAUUGCUGCUGUUGUGGGUAGUAUGGAUGCCCACCCAAGCAGAUACUGUGCCACAGUAAGAGUUCAGAGACCCCGACAGGAAAUCAUCCAGGAUUUAGCCUCCAUGGUCCGAGAACUUCUCAUUCAGUUUUAUAAGUCAACUCGGUUCAAACCUACUCGUAUCAUCUUUUAUCGGGAUGGUGUUUCAGAGGGACAGUUUAGGCAGGUAUUAUAUUAUGAACUACUAGCAAUUCGAGAAGCCUGCAUCAGUUUGGAGAAAGACUAUCAACCUGGAAUAACCUACAUUGUAGUUCAGAAGAGACAUCACACUCGAUUAUUUUGUGCUGAUAGGACAGAAAGGUGCUCUGCCCCCAUCCUGAAAACCUUGGAGCAGAGAAAUCUGAAGAUUGUUGGAAGAAGUGGCAAUAUCCCAGCCGGAACCACAGUCGACACAGACAUCACACACCCAUACGAAUUUGAUUUUUACCUCUGUAGCCACGCUGGAAUACAGGGUACCAGCCGUCCUUCACAUUAUCAUGUUUUAUGGGAUGAUAACUGCUUUACUGCAGAUGAACUUCAGCUGCUAACUUACCAGCUCUGCCACACAUAUGUGCGCUGUACACGGUCUGUUUCUAUACCUGCACCAGCGUAUUAUGCUCACCUGGUGGCCUUCAGAGCCAGAUAUCAUCUCGUGGACAAAGAACAUGACAGUGCUGAAGGAAGUCACGUUUCAGGACAGAGCAAUGGGCGCGAUCCACAAGCUCUUGCCAAGGCUGUACAGAUUCACCAAGAUACCUUACGCACAAUGUACUUUGCUUAAAAAGUCCAAGAAUAUUCUCUGAGAGGAAGAACUGAAAGACGAAUCAACAUACAACGUAUGUUUCCAGUGGAGUCAGUUGAGUGGGGAUGCCUCCAGCCAUACAGACACCAACACUGUGUGGGGACCAGGGUCUGAUUUUUAUGUUGAUACAAGGAAGAUUGUUUACUUCAUCAAGAAACACAGCACCAUUAUGCAAUAUGAAACCAGCCAACUGCUUUUUUGUGCGGUCUCCUGUAGGAAGUAUCGCCAUUGUUUUUGUUUUUACUUUCUUGUAGUCUAACCCUUUUAAUGCCUUUACCUCAAGUUGCUUGGCAGCACAACUAUCUUUGCAAAAAAAAAAAGUGAAGAAAAGUCAAUGAUGGUUUAAAAAACACACCUACAUGAAUAAUCAAAGUGAUUGUUCAAAUUAUGUGUGCAAAAAAAUUAAUGUGCAUUCGUGUAUUCUUGUAAAAGGUAUCUGUGUAUAUUUUAAAUAUACACAUGUAUAUUUCAUAUGCAUAUAUAUCUGGAUCUGAUAAUAGAUAUAUAUGUGUCUGUGUAUAUAUUUUAUUGUUCAUUCCAUGGGGGAACUUUCUUUACCUUUUAUUAUCCUCCCAUCACCACUUCUUUUCUCUACCUCCCUCGCCUUCAUAACCUACAUUUUUUCCCCUAAUGCUACCCAGAGACAUUCAGGUGUUCAUGUAUCUGGUCCAUUUGAAUAUGAAGCAUGGCAAACUAAAUUUUCAUUUUUAUUUUGCACACGCUACUCCUGUCUCAUCUCAUAUACAAUUUUGAGUCCUCAACUCUUGAUACUGCUUUCUUAAGAAACAAAAUUAUUUUAUAUAUACACACACACAUAUACAUAUAUGUAUAUAUGUGUGUGUGUAUAUAUAUAUAUAUAUAUAUAUGUUUCGUGAGAGUGUGUGUCUGCCCCCUCCUGCUCUGAACUUAAUUUGCUAUUUGUGCAAUGUGUACAUAAGCAGUAGCUACCUAAACCCAUCUUUUCCUUUGGUGAGUUUGUUAAAGCUGCUAUAAAUUUAAAACCUUGUCAGAAGUUAUAACUUUCUAUAAGUGAUAAGUAUUCUAAAGCCUUCUGUUUCUGUAGGUUAUACAUGAAAACCCCUUAAAGCUUUCAUAAAACUAAAUAUUUUAAAUGAUUGGACCUCUAUAGGGUUGAGGCCUCUGAAAUUGGGUAGAGCGAGAGAAGGGGUUGUUGAGGAUUUAAAAAUUUUUUUUUCUUUUUGGCUAGUUUACUUGCUGCCUUUCACACCUUAAUGUGAUUUCCAUAUAUAUAUAUUUUUAUAUAUAUGUGUGUAUAUAUAAACAUAUAUGUAUGUGUUUUGAAGUAUAGCUUCCUUUCCUUUUAUAUUUAUUAGAUUAGUGCUUUAAUAAUUAGAGAACUGUAUUGGCAACAUCUUUUAUAGAAAUAUAAUCAUGUUUAUUUUCGGAACUGACAACUUGUUUUUGCUUUUAGUGCAAUAAGCAGUUUUAAAGGAAAGCUGUGUCUGUUUGACAUCUUUACCACGGGCAGUGGCAGAAACAGGCACCUCCAUAAUUUUAAAAGGGCAAAGUAAUACAGCCUUAAUUUCAGAAGGAAAGUUUUGUAAUUUUCAACUUUAAAGCAAGCCUUUUAAAAAUCAUGAUGAUAAUGAAGUUAAAUUUCCUAAAUGAGUAACUUUGAAUAUUAGUUAUAAAGUUCAACUUUGAUUUAAGAAAGACAGUAAAAUAGCUUAAGAUAUAGAAGAUAUUCAAAUUCUUUGGAAAUCAUGUUUACUGAAGAAUCAGACUGGUUAGAUGUCCAUUUUCAUUUAUUGAAAUGAAUCAGGAAAAUAUGAAAUAAUAUUUUUAAAACAUUUUUUGCUAACUUAUCUCCAGUGUAACUUUCCUUUUAAAAUUAGGGUUAUGGUGACAAAGAAAGUUAGGACUUUCAUCAUUUUAAAUGAGUUAAAUCACUGAAAUGUGGAAAAAAGUUUUACAAAACUUUUGUUUUAUGAUUUCACUUUAAGGUAUUAAAAAGUACUAUAAAGCUGUCAGAACCAAGUUCAUCAGUAACAUUGGAUUCAGGAGAGCUUUGCACUUUGUAACUCAUGAAAAUUGCGUCUUAAAUUUUUUUUUCUUUGCACUGGUUCAGAGUAUAGGUAUUACAGAUUGUUUCCAGUGGGCAUUGUUAACCUUUCAGAAUUGCAUCUGCACAGGAAAACAGAUGGAUUAACUCUUUAGUUUCUCUAUGACCUGUAAUCCACUCUUACUGCCAAUUUACUGUAUUUUGAGCCUAAAACUGAGCCCGUGUCCUCCAACAGGUAUGAAAUUUUUUGUCUCUCUGCCAGAAAACUAAGAAAGUACUGUAUUUUGUAUGUUCAUUAUAUUGAAGUAUCUGAAAUGCAAUUUAUAACACUGUUUCAAAACUCUUUACAUGAGGUGAUGUUUGUAUAGUAUAUACAUAUUUUCUCCCAACCCUCCCCUCUCUUCCAAAAAAUUCCUGUAAAGCAUGUUUUGUUUUGUUUUUGUUUCACAUUGAAAUUUUCACUGAAUAUAGUCAGGAAUAUAGGCAAAAGAAGAAAAUAGUAUAGCCUGGAUGGAAAAAUUUGCUUACUCAGUAUGAAUGAGUCAAGCAUCUUCCUUCUUCAAUGUGAGUUGCACAAACUCAUAUGGGAAAUUUUAGGAACCAGGGAAGAACUGUAGAUCCCCUUUCCCUAUUUACUGCUUUAUCUGAUUUUCAGUUACUUCGUUUCACAUGCACUAGAGCAAAACCCAUAAUUUAAGUCUAUUUGGAAGGACUUUCACAGAGGGAAAAAACAUUUUUUUUUAAUAUAAAGCUUUACCAUUGAAGUGAGUGCUUUUUUAGCAUUUCUUCUUACAGUUUCAACAUAGCUAGUUUAUGAUUGGUUAACCUGAAAGGAUAUGUAUAGUAUAUUUCUAUUUUUUUUACUAAGAAAUUGGCAUAUCAAACUUAAUUACAAGAAACCUUGUGCUUAGAAUUUUAAGAUAAAAAGCAAAGUGACAAAUACUUUUUGAAAUUUGUUAUUAUUAUUAUUACACUUCUGGUGUAGAAUUCCUGAUCUUUUUUAUUUAAAAGAAGAGGAGGUUGUUUUGUUUUGAAUUUAAUGGUAAUGAAACUCAGCAGUGACUUUUCUGUUCCUGUCCUUACUCACUAAAUUAUACAGUGAAUGCUAAAUUUUGCUCUGCUAUUUUCUAUGAUGUGUAAUAGUGACUUUAAAAUAUCAGUUCCCAGCAACUGGUAUAAUUAUUUUUCAUGUGAAGAAGAGUUGGGAGUUUAAUGUAUAUUCUGGAUGGCAAAUGUGUCUGGGUAAAGUGCUGAUACGUGUUAUUACAGUAUCAAGUUACUGGCAUUGAGGACCAUACAUUUGUAAUAGUGUAGCUGCUAUAUUUAUUUAAUUAAGUAGAGUAUGACAGUUACUGCACUAAAUAAUAAUAAGAUGAGCAGGAUUCAAGCCUAGUGUUAGACUCCCUCCCCCAUAUUUUUUUUCCUAAAUGAAGUUAAGAACGUGAAAUUUCAAGGUAACAAAGGGUGCUGCCAUUUUAGUUUCAAUUUAAUAUCAAGAUACUCUUUCUUUGUUUUAGAAAUGUGGAUUUUGACUUCCACAGUUUUGUAAAAGGGUACCUCAGCCUCCUCAGUACUGGUAUUCAGCAUAUUUUCACAGAAGUACAGAUGCCCUUUAUUCUUUAUUAAUAUUUUAUCUUUAGGAAGUUUCUCAGAAAACAAAUAUUCUUCUAUGAAAUUUUUCCCAUUUGUAACCAAUUAAUUAUUUCCCUUCCUAGAAGAGAAUCUAGAAGGGAUUCUGGUAGGAAUGUACUGGGUAUUUUGGAAGGCACUUGAUAAAAAUUCUUCUCUACCUUCUAGCAUAGGGACUCCUAGUCUUCUAAAGACCUAUACUAGUUUUCCAAACUAGGUUCUCCAGUGACCCAGCACUGCCUGUUGUUUACUUGUGUACUCUCUGAUGGAUUUUAGCAUGACACACCUCAUGACAGACUCAAGGGAACUAAAGUCCAAGUCGCCAUUCAGUGCAAUAGGCUGGCAGACGAUCUUAGUGUUUAAGGAAAAUGUGAACGCUCAGAAUGCCAGUCCUAGAUCUGAAGUAAUUAGAGGAAUUAUAGGUCAGGAAUUAGACAACUUUAUUCCAGGAAUUUGGUGGUUGUUUUCAGAGGCUUAACAUGAAUUUGCCAAGGGUGAUGAUUUUUGAGAAAUCCAUGAAAGCCACUUGGAUUCAGCUAGAAUAUUUUGUAGUCUUGCCAUUUCAAACUUGAUAGAAAUGUUUUGCCAAGAAGCUUAACUGACAACUCUGCAUAAUUUUUAUUCAGUAUAAUUAAACCCGAGUUAAAUCAUCCUCUUGGAUGUUCUCCUGUUGAAUACUCUUAAAGAUGGUUUGACCCCAGUAGUAACUUGCUGUUUAAACUACCUUUUAUGAGUUAUCAGUCAAGCUGCAAAAAGAUGUCAUUAACCUGGCAUUGGCAUCUUUAUUUUGGCUUUUUUAUCAUAUGAAGUUUUAAUCCUUUUCAUUCUUUCUGAGAAUCAUGGAUGUUUUAAACCUUCAACAACAACAAUAAUAAUAAUAAGUUUAUAUCAAGUGAGGCCUUUUGAGUGGUGGUAUAACCCUGACUCUGGAGUCUCUUUAUUUUCCUGUUUUGUCCCGUUUGAUCAUAUAAAGCACUUUUGUGAUUCUAUAGGAGUCAAAAAAUAAACCGAAAAUAGAUGUAUAAAAUCAGUAUAGAAAUGUGAAAGUAAGAAUUUUCUCCAAAAAAAAAUCAUUUUAGAAAAAAAUUCCUGCUUAUUAUACUAAGAACAUUCUUGAUCACUGGCAAUGUUAGAAAUGACAAUGUGAUUAGUGAAAGCUAAGCUGACUCCAAGGGAAAAAAAUCUAUUUCUCCACAUACACCCUGCCAAUAUAUAUAUAUCUCACAAAAGGAAAAAAUGUUUUUUCACUUUUUCCUCCUUUUAAAAACGGUACAUUUUGGUUUAUAAUAUUCCAUGUUGGUCAAAUAAUUUGUUUUAAGAUAUAAUGGUCAAGGCUUGUGCUACUAUUAUCUACUGCUAGUUAAAUUUUAUUUUUCUUGACUCAUCAGAGAUAAUGUACUAUAGAUUUUUAUGCUGUUAAUUAAACCUUAGGAAUCUAGCUCUUAAAAUAUGGAAGUUAAAAUAUUUUAAUUUGAAUUAAGCUAGAUGGUAAAUUUAAUAUGGAGUGUUGAGAUUUACCAAUGAGAAACCCUGUUGAAGUAUCAGGUAACGAACAGUGUAACAAAACUAAGAUCCUGUCUAAAUCUAUCCAGUCAUUGAUCUCCCUUUCUUUUUGAAAUCAAAGUCUGAGGUAACCAAAAUCUAAUGCUGUACUUCUGUUAGGGUCUCAAUAAAGCAAAGAUGUUCUUCAGGGUAGAUGCUGAAUUAAAUUUUUAAAUCAUUUUUUUUUAAAGCAAGGCGGUUUUUAGAAAGUGCCUUUUCAGAAGAUGGUGCUGUAGAUUUUUAUUUUUCAAAUAUCACAAGGCUAAAAAUUUUAAAGAUAAAUUAUUUUAGAACUCCAAGAAUAUGACAGUUUCAUAUAAAUAAUGUUAUUCAUUGUCCUGAAUCCAGUCCAAGGGAAUCAAGUGAAGCUUUUAUUCAGUAAAGUAUCUAGUAAAUGCCCACCAAAUGUAUUUUGUAAGUUUGAAAACAAAAUUUUUUAACAAUUAACUCUUUUGGUUCUCAGCUGUGUUGAGGUAAUCUAUAAGGCACAUAAAACAGCAAAUCUGCUUAACUUUUUAACAAGAACAAAGGUAUCGUAGCAAGUGCCCAACGGGAAAGGUAACUUGCCAAGAAUUGUAUGUCAUAGGCUACCUUUCCUUUUUUUAAUUUUAUUUCCAGCAUAGAUUGUCCCUUCUGUAAAUAUCUAUUGGCAACCUUUUCUAGCUAAUCUUUAUUAAAGAAGGCUGCUUAUAAAGGAAAGCCAAGUCAUCAUGGAAAUCAGUUUAAGAGAAAAAUUAAAUUAUUAUGUCUCUAUCUUUAGGGAGACUGUCUUUUUUAGGCAAUAAGUAUUUUAAGUGAUUCCCUCUUUUUUCUAGCAUGGGGGAGCAACAAAAAAUGAUGACAGUGCAUCUAAAAGGGUAUAAUCAGUUAAUUAGAAACAGAACAUGCAAAACUGGGCUUUGGAGGAAACAAAAGGAAGGAUAAUAGCAGGACCAUUCUUACUUACUAGGAAUUUAUUAAUCUACCAUAAAGCAAGUUUCCCCUGGACUAGAAGGAGUAAACAGCAGUAAGUUAUCACCUAGCCAGUUCUUGCUCGUGAAUUCAGUGAGCAUUCCUCCAGAAAAGAACAGACUAAAAACAAAUAAAAACAUCACACCUCAGUAACCUUGUAUGCUGCAUUAUGUAUUAAUGAUAGUAAAAUUAUAUCAAUUGUUUGGAGUAUACUGUGUCUAUUUGCAAAUAUUCAUGCACAUUAAACUUUUUCAUUUUUUUAUAAUGUCAAUAGCAAUUAUGAGUUUAUUUUUUUAAUAUUAAUUUUUCUACUGUGAUGUUUGUAUUUAUUGGCUAUUUGUGUGCAACUUUUAUAUUUUGCGUAGAUGUUGGUUUUAAGGUAUUUUAUUUUUCUAGAUAUUUCAAGCUUUUCUUCUUUCUUUGUAAUAUUAGCAAAGAUUAAGAUGGAAUGUUAAUAUACCAACCAAACUACUAACUCCAGUAAGUUCUAGAGUUUGGAUUUUUACCAAUAAACCAUUAACACUAUUUUCUAACUUAGAAUAUUUAAUGUUGUUUAUAUAGUGGACAUUAAAGACAGUCUUUAGAGAGAUUUCUAAAUGUGGAGGGUAGGCAGGGCUUUUCUGUAAGUUAGAUUUCUUUCCCUUAAGUAGCAAACUGACAGAUUGGAUUUAUUUUACCUGAUCCGCAGUUUGGAGGCAACUUGUCAAAUAAAUGAUUGUUACGUUUCUUUUUUUAACUUAAGCUACAUUGAAACUACUUAUAUGAUCAUAGCAUCCAGCAUUAGGAUUAUGAUACCAUUUUUGUAGGCCUGGAAAACAAAUAGCACAUGAUACAGAAGUCACCGAUAAUUGACUUUUAAAUGGGAUUUCCCACCCUCCAAUAAUAUAUGGAAGAUUUGCUAUCCUGAUCUUUUUUCCCUAGCAUACUUUUAAAGUUUAUUCAAUCCUGAUCAUCGGUGAGGAAACAGAGUUUAAGUGGCUAGAUAGAGCCAGGGAUAAAGACUGAUUAAUAUAAUACCUCAGUUAAUUAAAACUUUAAGUAAUAAUAAUUUAUGAAUAUGAAUUAAUUGGAAGGCAGUGAAAAAUAUGAUUGUAGAAUAUUAAUUUCAAGCAUAUGUGGUCACUCCAGUUCCCUAGUGAAUCAAGGCUGUUUGUAUUGGCACAGUUUAUAAAGGUAGGUAAGAAGAGUGAAUUCUAUUUAAGUAGGUAAUAUGUUUGCAUUGUAUUUUUACACUGUGAAUUUGCUUAGUAAGCCAUUUUUUUCUGUAAGAGAUUGAAAGAUAAACUUAUCCAUAUCAGAGUUUUAAAUUCUAAAUUAUGGGGGCCCAGUAUUUGACAUUUUACUGUACUAUAAUCUAUUCUUCCACUGAGAGGAGUAAAUGAGAAAGUUUCAAGUAGUUAUAGUUGGGAAAAUGUUAUUUUUAUGUUAUAUAAAAUAGUACAGUUUAAAGUGAAUCUGCAUGUGGUUUCAUGUAGACAUUAGCCAUAUCAUUUCUUUCUGCAUUACAGCAAUUUUUUUAAUAAUAUACCAUUCUGAGUUACUUCCUUCACCCCCACAUAAAGUAUUAAUUAAAGAUUGGUACUCUGAUUAUAGGAUUUGUUGCUACCAAACAUGUUUCAAGCAGACAGAUAUAUUUUUGUUGAACGUAAAUGCCCCCCUCUUAAGGAUAUUUAUUGUGCUUACAACCUUAGUAGUUGUAUUCAUUAUGUUUCAACAUCGUCCUAGGUUGACAGGCAUAUAAUUCUUGUAGGCCAACAUGUACAGGGAAGCCUGAGGGAGAAAUAGUCCCUUAUUUUCUUCUUUUUUUUCCUUCUAAAAACUCAUAGGAACCUGACACAGAGCUUACUUUGCUCUUUUAACUGGUUGGCUCCAUAAAUCAAGGUACCUGGCAUCAGUACUGAGUUACCGGAGUGAAGUACUUGGUGACCUGUUCGUGUUUGUAAUCCACCUCUUAAGAAAAAGAUGUUUGUGCAGUAAGUAAUAGCCAUCCCAAAGAAAGAACUGUCACGAACAGUCUUACAUGAAUAGAAACAAAUGGGAGCACUGGUCAUUAAAACUUUUUUUUUUUGGCAGGGUGGAGGGGGUGUUAUUAUUUCCAAAGACUCUGCACAUCUGUAAUUUUAUGAUUGAAGUUAAAGAGGCAGUGCUAGAAACCAGAGAAAGGGAGGUUGCGCAGGCCUUUCACGCCUAAAAUUUUCCAUCGUUAUCGAUUCAUAGUUUUAGUUGGAAGAACAAACAAAAAUCCCUUAAUUUGGCCCUUCAAUAUGAUUUUAGAACCAAAACAGGGAAGGACUCUUCUACAAAAAUGCUGUAGAUGUGACUGUAUUAUAAGAACCCAUGGAAACAUGAAGUCUUUGUAACGCAAUGGACUAGUGGGUCUGUGAAAGCAUGUGGCAAGGGGGGAAAUGAGGAAAUGUUUCUUUGCUGGACUCCUUGGACAGAAACCUCACAGUUGUUUAGUAGUUGUCUAGUUCUCAUACCCACAUUGUAAAAAAAAGACUCUUGCUCUUUGAACCUACAGAAGAGACCUAAGAGUACCUCUGUAACCUAUGUUGUCUCAGACCUUGUAGCUGCAUCUGUUCUUGUUAGAGAAAGUCCUUGAAGUUGCUUCUGAAUGAUGAUAAAGAAAUUAAAUGAAGGAUUUAUCUUUAAAUAGAACCAUGGCAUUGCUAGCAGUAUGGCUUCUUCCUUUUCAUAGAAAACACCAAGCAGGGUAUUUCCAGACAAAGUGGCAAAGAAACUGUUUUUGGUGAAGGAGUUGUAAUGCAGGGGGAAUUUCACCUAACAGAUAGUUCAACCAAGAUAAUGGAUGCAAUUUGGCCCCAAGGAGUUUAACGAGAGGCAGCUUAGGUUUUGGUAGCGACAGACUUGGCCCCGCACUGGUCAUGAAGUGCAGAUAUCCCCAUGCCACUCACAGGGAAUGCUCUCAUGGUGCUGGUGACGCCCCUGCAAAAGCUAACUGACACCUUCUAAUGGUUUGCCCAUCCAAGAUUCUUCAGUUUUCCAGGAGCUUUCUCAUUUCCUAGUCCAGGGUACAAACCCUUUCUCUUUAGAAAAAGGAUUUAGAGGCAGUUUCAAUAGAAUUUUACUCUGAGUAAAUAAUAGUCUUUAAAGUACUUGGGGCAGAAGGAUCACAUGCCACAAGUUGUAGCUCGAUUGAGAGACUAUUUGAGCACCCUAUUUGGGUUCUAAAGUGUUUCCUUUGACAUACCAUCCUUUGGUUUACUGGAGUGUCAUCAUUUUGUUUUGUUAUACAAUCAGUGUUUCAUGCCAUUUAGGAAUGGUGCAGUUCUCUCGCCACCCCACCCCACACACACAUAUGCUGUUAGAAAUAAGAGGCGGAGGGAUAAAUGAGCUACAAUGAGAAUCAUUAGAAUGUAACUUCAGUUACUCUAGAUGGAAAGAAAUCCUAACUCAGCUGAGUGCGAAUUAAGAUUGAAGUGUUCGUGUCUCAGGUAUUAUCUCCAGGCAGAGAACGUUUGGCUCACUGUAUAGUGAUAAGAACAGAAUAUAUAUCUGAAGUACGAUGUUAUAGCAAAGUGGUAAAGGAAAACUAUUCUUCAAAGUAAUAUUUCAACCUUCUGCAACAGAGAUCCCCAUAGUCUUAAGGAAAAUCAAUGUUUCUGAUUUUAAUGAGUCAGAGUCUGAUUUAAAUUUUUAAAAGUUUGUGACUUUUAUUCUGACAUGUCUUCUUAAAUAUAUAAAAAUUACAUCAAAUGAAUUCUUUCCUCUUCCUUUACAUGCUGAUAUAUUCAGACUUCAGUUAUAUAGAUAUAUCAGUCACAUAUGCCUCUUAGUGUGCACAGAAUUCUAUAUUAAAAAUUUUUUUAUUCAAUCCAUUUAUUGGUCAAGUCUGAGAAGGAGAAAGCGUAAGGUGUUUUCAAAUGCGGGAACUUUUAGAAGAUCACAGCUGGAAAAAGACCAUUGAGAACAUGUUGCCUUUUAGAGUAGAAAGAGCUCUAAAAUGUGAGCCAGGGACUUAGGAUUUAGGCAGAGCUCUACCACUAAUUUGCUCUGUGCCCUUGGGCAAUCACCUUAAUCUUUCUGUGCCUGGUUUCUCCUCAUGAAAUGGUAGUGAUAAUAUACUGCCCUCACCUACCUCACAAAACUGUUGCAAGAAUAGGAUGAUGUUUGUGACAGUGCUCAAGUUCUCCAAAAGAAAAGCUACUCAGAACUACAAGAUAAUAGAAUCUUGUUUUAUGAAGAGUUUAUUUCCAGUUUGCCUCUGUUCUUCAGUUAUCAUAGAUCAUUUUAUCAAACAAGGAUAAGAGAACCUUAGCCCUUAUCCCAGUAUGGUGUUGCACUUAGAAAGGUACCCUGUUCUGCUUUUCCUCUGCCAGAUAUCCAACACAUGCGCUGAAUUUUUCUUUAUGAUAAGCCUUGGCAAGAGAGUAACUUCAGUAGCCAAACUCCCUUUAGUGGUGCUAUGGCAGCUGCCAUUGUAUUUUGAGUUAAUGUGGCAAAAACAUCAGAUUAAUCAGAAAUUAAUUCUGCCUUUUGCCUUCAGGCAUUUUUGCUACACGUUGGCAUCCCAGGUUGUUGUAAGGCCAGUUAUCCCUUUGUUUCUUAGCAGAUCUUUGGUACCUCUGUUGGCAUAAGGAUUUGGUUUUAAGAAAGAUAGUAUGCCUAUUUCAUCAUUUUGAAGAGCUCAGCCUUGCUUUCCAAACACCAUGUACCUGUAAAAGUUAAAAUAUAGCAAAUGUUUUUUUUUCCCUUCAUUUCGAUUCAAUUCUGAGUAUUUGCAGGUGAUACCAGACAGCCUGUGGUUAGUGUCUGACCCAGUUAUCUUUAUGGAUCUUGGACAGAACCUUACAUUUCAACAGGCCUACCCAUUUCCCUGGGGGAAGGGGCUCCUGUUUCUAGGAAAUAACUAAGGGCACAUCGCCACGGGUUAUGUAAGCAAUUCCAUGUAGCAACAGACAAGUUUUUUAUUGAUGUUGUUUUACAAAGAAAGGAUGCAUUUUAGGUACACAGGGUAUGGCUACACUCAACACUUAUUUUUCAUCUCUAUAGCUGCUGACCUCCCCUUGUUGCAGGCAGUUGGGGCUUUUUCCAGCUCAUCACUAACAUAGGUGGUAUCUGUCUUAAUUUUAUAGGAUAAUAAGAAUUGCAAGUACUGAAAAUGAAAAAUUGGGGAGAUUCAUGCUUGGAAAAUGAACAAAAAAAUCCACCUUGCUAAGUGAGGUAGCUAAGACCAUUGAUAUGUCAGGAAUACUUUUAAACAAUUUUUGCUGUAAUAUGUAGCUUUAAUGUUUCUCUUCAUUUAUGGACCCAUAAAAGUAUUACUGUAUCUUGUGAAUAAAGACCAUUCUUGUGGACUAGUAUCUGAAUGCAUUUAUAGGCAGUGGGAAGAGGUGUGUGUGUGCGUGUAUGUAUAAAUAUUCCGUGUUUAGAACACUAUUACAUAAGCUUGUAUAGAAAAAAUCAUGUGUUUCUUUAGUGUUUGGGGGACUAAAAUUGUAAUAUAACCAUUCUAGUGUAAUCUGACCACUCACCCAAGAGAACAUUUAUAUUACACACAAAUGCACACCCCUAAAGCAUUGCUAACCACUCCCACUCUAGAUAAUUGCUGCUUUUUUUAAAACCCUAAGUAAUGGAGGAGGAAAUAGUACUCUUUUUAAAGGGGCUUUUCCAAAAAGUAAAAUGUAAAUAUAGGACAUGUGGGGAGGGUGGGACCACCUGCAAAUGUCCUACAGAUGGGCAAAUAGCCUUUUAAAUUUUACUUUUUAACCAUCUUAACCGUGCGUGCCUAUUUGUAUUGCAGAUGUGAACUAUUUUUGGGGGUUGAUAUCAGUAUGUUUUGAAACUGAAUUAUUACGUAAAAUCAGAGUAACCUCUUUCUCCAUCCUCCUUUUCCACACUAGCUAUUCUUGCCAAAUAUUUUUACUGAUACCCAGUGUCAGCAUAAUAAAAUGAUGAAACCUCCUUCCUCAUCUUCCCUGCCCUGUCUUAUACAUGGUCCACCCUUAUAUUUUUUUGUUGGCUUUUCAUUAGUAAGAACAAUUUACUGUAGUAAUUUAAAGACUGCAUAAUUUCAAAAUGUUUAUCUGUAAGCCUUCCUUUGUUAAUGUUGGUUACACAGCAACAUCAGGUAAAACAGUGGAUAUGAGUUUGUAACACGCUAUAUAGGACCACAUAAGAUCCUGAGUGAUACUAUUAGAUUACCACAUUUUAUUAAGAAGAAAUUGGAACUUUAUAUGGUGGGGAUGGGAGCAAGUCUGUGAUACACAAGUAAUCACUGUAUAAUUAGAAACACCAAAUGCUGAAUCCUAUCACUGCGUACUUGGGGGCCAGGCUUUGGAUUUGGUUAUUUUAAUUCCUUCAAGAUUAUGUGUAGUUAUGAUAAGCAGAAGGCAAAUAAAGUUUUUGAACAAAA